AUGCAUGUCUGGUUGAUUCUUUUCAUGAUGAGCAUAACGAUGAGUUUAACGGGUGGCGUAUCAGACAUACUGAGUGAUAUUGCGAGCAUACAAAUCUCACGACCAAAGCAAGGCGAGCUCAUAGAAGAAGGAAGCUUGAUGGUUGAGUGGAAGCUGAAAGGGCUGCAGGAAGAUACAGACCAGGGCCUACAGGUGGUGAUCAUGGUCAACGGCUUGGUUGUGCACGUUUCACGGCCGGAAGAUGGCCGCGUGUCAAUGCAGGAUGUUCGAGCUGGAAUUUUCCUUCACGUGCAUGCCUUCCUAGCAAAGUAUGAAGAAGAGGAGGGAAUAACUAACGUUUCUUCGUCAUCGAGUAUAGAAUGCAAGAUAGUCUCGAAAGAAGCCAUGGAACGGCUGAGCAAUGCACAAGCACACGGCCAAAGAGGAAACGUAGGACCUUCCAUGUACACUCCAUACAUUCCAGCGAACAAAAGCGGAGAGCAGCCGGGAAGAGAACCAGUGAUCAUCUUUACUUUUCAUUGCAACAGACCAGACCUUGUGCUCUUGCAGCAUACAGCGCUGAGCCACUUCAUGCUGGAUGAAUUCAAGCUGAUCGUGAUCAAUGACGCUCAAGCACAUGAUACUAGAAAAGAGAUCGAACGUGCCAGCCUUUCAGUAGGAGCAGAUCAUUUCAUCACACCGGAUUAUUUCGAUCACAGCGAUCCUUCUUAUAUUGUCGGCAAAGUUGUAACGUGGGCAGUUCAAGAGAUUGCACUCAUCAAGUACAACGACUCUGUAAUGUACCUCUGGGUCGGGUUGCUAUUUCUUGAUCUUCGGGAUCUACCGAACAAAAACUUGUUGAAUAUGAUCCCGGCUGUUGUUGGAGACGUUGGUGGAGAUACUGCCUCGUCAUUGCAUCUUUUUCUUGAUGCUUCGCCUAACGUUAAAGUACGAAGAGCAUUGCACACUUCGCACAUCCAUGAAGACUUUAACAACAAGUAUAUACUUCCAAAACAAGCUCUGGACAAGUAUCAAGAUUCCUUCAGAAUUGAGAUUUAUGAGAGAUCCUUUCUCCACUACGGAUCAGCAAGCAAUUGGAAGAUUGGGCGUUCCUUCGAAUACUUUAACUCAGCCGAAGAUUUUCUGCCAUCCAAAACCAAAUUUGUGUUCUGGUUUGUUCAAAGUGCUGUAAACGGGAGCUUGAAGCUUGACGACUUCGAUUUCGUCUAUGAGCAUGGCACGUGGGAAAAUGCAAUCGGACCCAUCUCGGAAGCCUUGCCGCAAGAACAAGACAGAUCUGAGCUUUGA